AUGGAGUUCCCAUUUUUUCAUGGCAAGAUAACAAGAAAAACCUGCGAAGAACUGCUGAGCAAGAACAAAAAGAAUGGCAGCUAUCUAAUACGAGAUAGUGAAAGCAUGGAAGGAGUCUUGUGUCUCUGUGUUUUCUUUGAAGGAGUCAUCUACACUUACCGUAUCUUCAGGGAACAACAAGGAUAUUUUAGAAUACAGACUUCUGAAGGUCUUCCAGACAAGAUAUUCAGAACAUUAAAGGACCUAGUAUACACUUAUGAAAAGCCAAAUCAAGGAAUAAUAACAAACCUCCGCUACCCAGUAAAGAAACCAAAGGUCUCACAAAGAAGCCAGAGGUUCAAGUCCGGAAAGGACGCUGUUUAUGAUGAAAUUGAGAGCGAUUACGUCACUGUCUUGCCCUGA